UAGUCCCUUACGCACAUGCCCAUUGAGUGCUUCUGCUGCCAAUAACCGUGUUUUAUUGGAAACCAGAACACGUGAGCGGUGCCUGAAAGCAAACUACAGCUUGUCAGAAAUUAUUGCAUUCACAAAGGUGAAUGGAAACUGUAUUCUACGAUAAAGACGUAAAGAGAAAACAUGACUCUAUUAUGAAACGAGCUAGUUUUAAUUAGGACUUGAAAAGUAAGCGAGGUUACAGAAACUGCUAACUUCCAUUCAGACUAGUUAAAUUGAUAUAGGAAUUUCGUUUGUGUCGUUUUCCGGCUGGUUGGAUGUUGCAUUAGACGUAGUAAUUGGAUUUGUAAUGUGGUUUGGUUUAUUUAAUAACACAGUAGUGAUUGUUCCAUUAGCAUGUUAUACAUUUCAACGUGUGCGUUUUUGACCACGUAAGCCUGUUUUGCAACCUUUACUGUGAAUUAUUUCCGAUAAUAAUAAUACGCGAGACGAGUUUGUACUGGAUGUAGUGAAUGUACCACAGAUAUUUUACUGCGCGUGUGAAUCAUGCUCCCCCAGCGGGGUAGAGAGCUCCUGGUCCGGCUGUCUGGAUAUUGGAAGCCGCUUUUCAAUGGCAAGUUUCUCCUCGUCACCAACACGGUGAGCUGCGGUGCCAUGCUGGCCGUGGGAGACACGAUUCAGCAGGCACGGGAGAGCAGGAAGAAUCCGGGCAGGAGGUGGGACUGGACCAGAACGGGGCGUAUGCUUGCUAUUGGAUGUUCCAUGGGCCCUUUCAUGCACUACUGGUACAUGUGGCUGGACAGAGUGUAUGUGGGGAAGGCUCUGAAGACAGCCAGUAAGAAGGUGCUUAUCGAUCAGCUUGUUGCCUCUCCUACCCUGGGCGGAUGGUAUUUUGUGGGAAUGGGAGUUUUGGAAGGACAUACUAUGAAGGAAGGCUGGGAGGAAUUUAUGAGCAAGUUUUGGGAAUUUUACAAGGCUGACUGGUGUGUAUGGCCUCCUGCGCAGAUGAUUAAUUUCUAUUUCCUACCUGCUAACCUCCGUGUGAUCUACGUGAAUGUGAUCACACUGGGAUGGGACACCUACCUCUCCUACCUCAAACACAGAAAGGAUGGAAAGCCCGAAGCCCUUCCUACUGACUCCAGCAGUUCCCCUGGAGACCAGGAUCCAGACACCUCUGUGCCGAAGUGCUUAGAAGAGACACCGUAGUGAUCUCAGAAUCUGAAGGAACUGCUUCGGUGCCGAACAUGAAUCGGCAGUCUAGCGUUAGAGCAGAUUCAGCUUUCCUUAACUGUGUGGAAGGGCACGUAUUCCUAAUAUGCCAUUUCCUUCCUGUUUAAUAUCCUAAUACAUGUGUUCAGUAGGAUUCCAUACUGUUGUCUCUGCAUAGAUCAUUGUUUUCAAUACUUAACUAUUCCAACAAUCUCCAGACUACUCAAGGUUUACUGGGGAAGCACUCUACUGUUGUGCUGAAGCCCAUUGGUGAAGUAUUGUGCACUGAAUCCUGUGCUACACAAAUUAUUAUUAUUAUUAUUAUUUAUUUCUUAGCAGAUGCCCUUAUCCAGGGUGACUUACAAUUGUUACAAGAUAUCACAUUAUACAUCAUACAGAUAUCACAUUAUUUUUACAUACAAUUACCCAUUUAUACAGUUGGGUUUUUACUGGAGCAAUCUAGGUAAGUACCUUGCUCAAGGGUACAACAGCAGUGUCACCCAAUGGGGAUUGAACCGAGAUUGAACCCACUGGGGAUAGAGCCCUAACCACUACUCCACACUGCUGCGAAUAUUCUUGCCUUGAGAAAAGAACAUUGAAAAUAAUGAUCUAGACACACUAGAGAAUCAUAUAAAACACACAAUGGGUAAGAAAUGAAAUGAUAGGAAAGGUAGAUGAUCGAAAGAGUGCCUUUAACAUGUUUGUUUCUUUUUAAGUGCAUGGUUUUGAAAAGGGAUGGGAACAUGUACUUUGUCUCAUUAUUUUGUUUCUGCUAUAUACAGAAUGCAUUCCAUGCACCGAGCAAUUUCAAAUCACUGAAACAGUGAGAUUGUUCAAGCAAGCAGUAACAGAAUGAUGUGAUGAUUAGGAACACAUAUUGUGGUAUUCCAGCUUGGGGGCUUGUCUGUGUUCCCUGAAGGGUAUCUCAUUAAAGUGCUUGUAGCUGUGUAAAUAAUUCCAUACAUCUUACUUGCUACUCAUUUCAAGCAGAGUACCAGCACUGUUGCAGGAGGGAGCAUGAACUGGAUACACUGCAAUGUUUAGAAGAAAAAAUCUAUUUUUCCAGCUGUACCCCCCAUUCCCACACUAAUACACUGUUUCACUUCAUCAGCUCUGUGCCUCUGAACUAUUUUUUAGUGUUGGUUUCUCCAUCAGUUCCGAAUAUGGUAAUGUGUUUCUCAUCGAAGAAUAAUCAGUCAACACUGCUAAAAUGUAACAUUCUGCCGUUACAACUGUGUUUUUUACUAAAAAGAAAAAUGAAUGAUUAUAGUUUUAAGGAAUGUAGGACCAUCAUGGGAAAGGUUUUAGACUGCUGCUGAGUCUUGCUUUCCCUAAAUUCUUUAUGGGGCUCUGGCUUCAAACUCAUGCUUUGUGUAACAGUAAAUGAUUAACAUUGGUGGCUCGCUAUAUUUCAAGGUGUUGGUGCCAUUAUAUUUUGUAUGUACAUUUUCAAAUUAGGGCUCUUGAAAAUUAUUUAAUUAAAAAAAUAAAAUUGGUAUUAAA